GAUAGGCUGACAGCAGUGCUCGAGAGACGGAGAGCGAGAGGGUGCAGAAAUGCGAGACCCUUUCGCAAUUGGCUCAAACCGUUUCAGAAAAAAAGAAAGAAGAGACUUGUGAAGACGGUCACAUCGCACUGGGGAAAGUACUGCAACUUUUAUCAAGCGCACUAUUUGGAAAAACAACAUACAAACCAUGGCAACGAACGAGUCUGCGCUAAAUGCCAGCAGUAACCACACAGGACACAGUGAAGCACAAAUUGUUGGCAUAGGCAUCAUCAUGUCAGUCCUGAUUCUUGUGAUUGUGCUUGGAAAUGUACUUGUUAUCACCGCUAUCGCCAGGUUCCAGAGACUGCAGACAGUCACCAACUGUUUCAUAACUUCUUUGGCCUGUGCUGACCUCAUUAUGGGACUGAUUGUCGUUCCAUUUGGAGCAUUGUCGAUUAUUCUGCAGACGUGGAAGUUUGGGAAUUUCUGGUGUGCCUUCUGGACUGCUGCGGACGUCCUUUGUGUGACCGCCAGUAUAGAGACACUGUGCGUCAUAGCACUUGAUAGGUACCUGGCCAUCACUUCUCCCUUCAGGUACCAGUCCAUGCUAACCAAAGGCAGAGCUCGGAUUAUAGUGAUUGUCGUCUGGGUUGUUGCAGGUCUUAUAUCAUUUUUGCCAAUCCACAUGGAGUGGUGGGUCUCACGUGAAAAACAAGCAAAGGAUUGCCUGCAAAAAUCAGACUGCUGUGAGUUUAACACUAACCCUGAAUACGCUAUCACCUCGUCUAUUAUUUCCUUCUACAUCCCUUUAGUGAUCAUGGUCUUUGUGUACUGUAGAGUAUUUCAGGAAGCAAAGAAACAGCUGAAAAAAAUUGAUAGAUGUGAAGGAAGGUUUCACUUGCAGAACAAUAACCCCACGCUGGACCGUGAUGGAGAGACCGUAAAAAACGGGAAAACCAACUUCAAAAAGUCAUCAAAAUUUUAUGUAAAAGAACACAAAGCUUUAAAAACGCUGGGAAUAAUCAUGGGUACCUUCACAUUAUGCUGGCUUCCUUUUUUCGUAUUAAACGUUGCGCUGACAAUUCCUUCUUUUAAAACCGAUGGCAUUAUGAUCGCAUUCCAGGUCUUGAACUGGAUAGGCUACGCCAACUCGGCUUUCAACCCCAUGAUAUACUGCAGGAGCCCAGACUUUCGCUAUGCUUUCCAGGAGAUUCUGUGUUUCGGGAGAUCAGCCUUUAGAAAGAGGCAUUCGAUGAACGGAUAUCUGGACAAUGGACAUAGCUGGCAAGCCACUCAGCAAGAAAAACUCACCAAAUUUUACACAGAUGACUCUGUUCUCCACGAGGACACCUCUUUGGAAAUAAAGAGCAUGACAUGUCAAGCAGCAGUUGACACCAAUGGGAACUGCAACAGCAAAAUGUCGACAGCUAUUUGAUUGCGUUUAUAUAUAUAUAUAUAUAUAUAUAUAUAUAUAUAUAUAUAUAUAUAUAUAUAUAUAUAUAUAUAUAUAUAUAUAUAUAUAUAUAUGAUAAAUGAAUAUAUUUUUAUUAACUGACCUCAUUGUUUGCUGUUUCCAUGGAUUGCUGAGGGGUCAUUUUCUACAGCCUAAAAACAAUGGAAAUCAUAUAUGCACCUUGAAUGGGAGACACAUUUACCAUGAAGUGGUCUAUUUGAUGACUUUGCACAUAGACCCCAACAGACUGGAGAAAAAGGGGCAUUCAGAAGCAGGAGUGUACCAAGGCCAUGCUUUGGCUUAGGUUUGGGGACCCAGUAGUUUUGGCUUUUAAUUGGGAUAGGCUAUGCAAGCAACUGCUGACUUUACUGGGUGUCAUUUUAGCUGUGGCCACAAGAGGGACAUGUUUUGUUGUAAAUGAAGAUGAAUGUUUACUGUAAUUGUGAUGCUACAUUCGCACAAGACAAAUGUAUUUUUUUAUUGUUAAUAAUAACUGUGUUUCAUAUAAAAGUUCCAAUGUACAGUAUAUUUAUUUAAUGGAAUUGUCCAGCAUUUGUUUUUAAAUAAUAAAAUGUAUUUAAGUCUUUA